CUUUUUCAAGAUUCACAAUGGGCGUUGAGGUCACUACGAUUACUCCUGGCGACGGCGUUCGCAAGCCGCAAAAGGGCCAGACCGUGUCUGUUCACUACACUGGCACCCUCACCAACGGCAACAAGUUCGACUCGUCGCGCGACCGCAACAAGCCGUUCACUUUCAAGAUUGGCCAAGGCGAGGUCAUCAAGGGCUGGGAUGAGGGCGUUGCUCAAAUGAGCAUCGGCCAGCGCGCCACCCUUACCUGCUCCCCCGACUAUGCCUACGGCGCUCGCGGCUACCCGCCGAUCAUCCCGGCCAACUCGGUCCUGAUCUUCGACGUCGAGCUUCUUGACAUCAAAUAGACGGCGUCAAUGUGUGCUCUGGGUGCUUUCUUUCACGCUUCCAUGCCUUUGGGAGUUUCUGUUCAGCCGGGGUUUGUGGUGAACAUGAGGCGCUCUUUUUUUUUUUUUGUUUGGCGAUUGACUCUGUGUUUCAAAGUAAAAGCGCUCGUCUCUCCAUCCU